GCGCUCGAGCGUCAGUCGGUAACCGGCAGCGGCGCGCCUCGGCGUCAGGGAACAGAACAAGUAGUGAGAGUUGUGAACCAAGAAGACUAUGUUGAAAGGGGGCAUUGCCAAGGCGGCACUGCCCAGGAUGGGAGCCCCGGAGCGUGCAAAGCUGUCUACCAACAGCUCCCAAAGCACAUACUCCAGCAACAUUGGGAUGAAGACCUCUAGAUCGUCCAGCACCAUUGCCUCUGAUCUGCGACUCAGCAAGAUAAAAAGAGCGAGCAGUGAUGAUGCUCUGGCUAAACCUGUUCAGGGUUCAUGGGCUUCAGUGUCCCGCAUAAAGAAGACCGUCACCACAGGAGCCAUCUCUGAACUUUCGGACAACAGACCACGCAGUGCUUCAAGUCUCCAGUCAACCAAAAAGUCAGGGAUCCCAGCUCCUCGUGAGAUCCCACAAAGCAUCUCCAGAGAGCGUGUCUCAUUGCGUGACCAACAGAAAAGCUCUACAGCCAAAAAGAUGGUCACCAGUGCCAGCACCUCCAGUCUGUCCAUGCUGUCCAAGCAUUCACGUGGCUCUGUCAAGACCAAAGCAGAAUCUGUUGCUUUUGACAAGACCCUUCUGGAGAGUCAGGUGAGGGAGCUUCUGGCUGAGGCCAAAACCAAAGAGUUUGAGAUCAGUAAGUUACGGAUGGAGCUCCAGCGGCAUAAAGGGAAGGAUUCAUCAUCAGAGGCUGGGACACCAGAGGGGAAUUCAGAGAUAGAAAGGACACCGGCACCGCCUGGAGACAUCCAGGUGCUUGUAGGGGAACUGAGGGAGAAGAACGGACGUUUCCAGCGUGAGUUGGCCACCUUGCGGGAAGAAAAUCAGGCUUUGAAGCAGAAGCUUAUUACAUUGGAGAGCUCCACAACACUGCUUACCAGCUCUAGCAAGCAUUCAGUUAAUGGUGUUUUUCCAGAUAACACCACUUCAGAUGCCGUCAAUGGAAGCCACCUUAAAACUUCUGCAUCAUUUGGUGACACCAAAGGCUUUCCUUUACACUCCUCAGAAUUUGAGAAGAUUCCCUCAUGCUCUGACUCAGUCAGUAGCAGCAUUAAGAGUGUUGUGCCCAGUGGAGCAGUGAAAGAGCUCUCAGUGGAGUCCCUGACAGAACGCAUCCAGAAGAUGGAAGAGAGUCACCACAGUACAGCCGAAGAACUUCAGGCCACUCUACAGGAGCUGGCCGACCAGCAACAGGUUGUCCAGGAGCUAACAGCUGAGAAUGAGCGUCUGGUGGAGGAGAAGGGCCUCUUACAAACUUCCUUACAGCAGCAAAGAGAGCGUGUAGAACUUUUGGUGCAACAGAAUGAGUCCCUUCUCCAGAGGCUCAGAGAACAAGCUCAGUGUAAUGAAGCUGAUGCUUCACGUGCCUCUCGGAUUGCAGAGCUUGAACAGCGUUUGGCUGAGCAAGUGGAGAGCUCCCGCUUUGAAAGAGAGAAGCUGGUAGACAUCCAGCAGCAGCUGACAGGGAGUCUUAGAGCUUUGGAAAUGGAGAAUCAGGAGGCACAAAUUGCUGUGAAGAGCUUAAAAGAAGAAGUAGAGCUUCUUCAAGUGCAUUUGGAGGGUGAGAAGGUUGCUAAAGACUCGGCGGUGAGGAAAACUGAGGAACAGCGGCUAGCCACAGAGGCUCUGAGUGCGGAGAGUGCUAGUCUGAAAGCACAAGUGGAGGGGGAGCGGCAGAAGAUAGCUGAGCUGAAGGCAGUGCAGAGCGCCAGUGAUAACACAGAGUUGCAAAGUCUGCUCAAAGCAGCGCAUGAAGAUAGAGACAAACUGGAGCUGAGUUGCAUGGAGCUACGACAAGAGCUACAGCAGGUGGAGGCAGACAGGCAGCAGCUGCUGGAGAGGGUGGAGAAACAGGAACAAGAUCAUAAAGCCAACAUGCUCGCUUUAGAGGAGAAGAACAGAGAUGCUGAGAACCAGAUCAAGGACCUGAAAGAGACCAUAUUUGAGUUGGAGGAUCAGGUGGAGCAGCAACGGGCAGUUAGAUUGCACACCAACCAGACCAUCCUGGACCUGGAGAAUCAAAUCAAGAGGCUGGAAGAAAACAAGGCUGAGCUGGAGAAGCAGAUUAAGGCCAUGAAUAAACAGAUGAAGGAUGAGACAGAGGAGUGGCGCCGUUUCCAGGCUGACCUCCAGACAGCAGUAGUGGUCGCCAAUGACAUAAAGGUGGAAGCUCAGGAGGAGCUGCGCACGCUGCGCAGAUGUCUGCAGGAGGAGCAGGAGCACAGCGCAAGACUGGCUUCAGAGUUGGAACAGAUCCAGGGUGCCAGGAUCACCACUGGACCUGCAUUUGAGGCCUCCAAGACUGCAGUUGAGGGGCGAUAGAUGGGUUAAAACUGAUGACUGGUUUACAGUAUUCUAAUACAGAGUUAUCUGUGUGUCAGUAUUAAUCUUGAAGAGAAAGUGGAAACAAAUUCUUAAUUUUUGAUGGAAAGAAAAGAAAAAAAAAUAUCACAAAACCGGAAUACAUAUGCUGUUUCCACAGCUGCUCAGAGGAGAAAUUUCUAUUUGCUCUAAAGCAAACAGCACCUGCACUAUUUGAUGUGUGUUUGAUCAUGUGAUCCUGCUUUAGGCUUGUGUUGUUACAACUUUAAGCAGGGCCAACUUAAAUGUUGGGGAUAGAUGGAAGAAAAAGUUAACAAAUUGUGUAAGGAUGUAUCUGUAAAAUUAAUUUAUUAUAUCCCUGACUGGGCACUGUCUUUUUAAAGUACAAAAAUAGCUUUGUAUUGUGCUGCCUUAGGAAUAAAGCCAACAUUUAUGGACCUUUAAUACUUUACCAGCAUUUUUUGAUUUUGUUUUAAUGGUUUGUAUUUUGACAGCAGCCAAAGAGCUGUUUCUGCCUAAAAUAACCCCAACUUGAACUAGAUUGAGGCAAAUGUAAUUAACCAGGGUAAACCAUUUAAUUGCCUCUAUUCCAGGUCAUUUCUUUCAUGUUUUCUGUUUACACAUUAGGCAUAGCAGAUACAUCUAUUUGAGUUACAUGAAAACAUUGGGAAUUUUCAUGUGCCACUUUUCGAGUGAUGAAAUGUUGGUUUCUAACUGCUGUGUGCAAGUCCAACACUAGAUGGCAGACAAACAAUUUCUAUCAACACUCCAACAUAUCAAGCUUGUUGUAGUCUUUAAACACAGAUUCUUAUAGUUACAAACCUCUGACUUUUCAGUGUUUUCAUUUGAUUUACUCGAGCACUAACCAAUGAAGAUGACUUGGUGUAGGGUUAAGGUGGUUGUAUCGUCACUGUGUCGUUUCGGUUGCAUCACUAGAAGUAGUGAUAAGAAAUCAGUCGAGCUUUUGAGAAACGUGCUUUACCUCACAAAGUAAACAACUUAACUAAGCACUUCUGUUUGUGUUCCUCAUGCAUGAAGCUUUCCACGCCACAUCCACAUCCCUAUUUGCAUUGUUUAAUCAUCUGUGGCAAAUUUCACUUUGAGAAUUUCUCAAUGAAUGUGAACAUCACAUGAUAUUACGAAUGCGAAUGAGACAUGACUCUGAAGUAUGAAGUGUACAAUAUCAUCUUCGGGAUUUUAAAAGGCUUGAAGUCAGGUCCUCGACUGCCGUUUUGUCAAAUCUCAGGAUGUACAUCUCACAGGAACAUAUUCAUCUAGAUGCAGUUUAUCAGAAAUUAUAUUACUUGCUGGUAUUAACAGUUCAGGACAUGACUGUGCCAAUAUAUGAUUUCAUGUUCAGUAGUUUCACACCUUCUCUGCCUUUAAAUGAUGCAGUUUCUGUUACAAUUCAGUGAAUGUGCAAAUGUAACACAUGCACUCUUUUCAUGUGACUGCAAUGACGUUUGUACUCGUGAGAGAUACAAUACUAUUUAUCUCUAACACAUGGGGUUUUAAAUGUACAUGUUUAAAAUUGCCAUCAAUGUAUUGUGUAUUUUCCAUUCAAUAAAUCAGAUCAUUCC